AGGCACCAGAUCCUGUGGACAUUUCCUAUCUUCGGCUCAGGCCAACAGGAAUACUGAGUUUGAUGGGGCGAUGGAUCCCGCUUGCAGCAUGUACCACCAGCUCCAGUUAAGGAGAACAUCAUGCAGCUCCACGACCUCCUCCAACUCAUCCACCUCCUCUCAGAAGUUUUAUUCUUCUCGAGGACGUGUGGGUUGGUAUCUUUCAGCCGGACACACCAGCUGGAAGUCAAGCAGCCUCACCUCCAGUCCCAGCGGAAAGAACACCAGCAACAGCAGCAGUCCACGGGCCUCUAGUUGGGAUAGUAUGGGCUCAGAGGCAACCACCUGCCUAAAGCUCAACACCAACAGAUGCCAUGAAGUAGAGCAAAGUUGUGACCAACAAAAAGGGCAUAGCCCCCUUAUAGAAACUGGGAGCUGCCAGCAGGGGGCAGUAUUGACCAGAAGGGAGGAAGGGAGGAGCUCCAGUAAAGUUGUCAACGUGACCUCUGGACAGGCCAUGUCGCAUUUUGCUGAGUUACAGCAUCAACUAGAACUAAAAAUCGAAGCCAAAUUGAAGUUCUCGCAGUUCCUGGAUGAAGUGAGCAGCCAAGUCCUUCACCCUACCAGCCUGUUCAUGUUGUCCAGGCAGACUGAAUCCUUCUGGUCUAACUCUUCCAUCUCUAGUCACAAUAACAGCAAGUCCAGGAUCCCAGACACUCAACAGCAGCCAGGGGACGUGGAUUUUUCCCUGCAGAGCAUCCAAUCCGUGGAUGGCAUGCAUGAAGAAGGUACACCAGAGACUGUAGGAAAAGCCUACCUGGAGACGGACAUCGACUCUGUGCGAAGAGAAGACCAGAUAAAGGAUGUUGAGACCAAGAAAGAGACGGCCAUCACAUUUGAGAGCAAUGAGAGAAGAGAGGUUAAGAGUCCUUCAGAAAGUCAUCCAAACCCCAUCCAGAGAACCAGAGCUUUGACUUCGGGAACCAGGCGCACGUUCCUUUCACUAAUCGCCUCUUCUUCCUUCUUCCAGGCUUCGGACAAGGAGAUGCAGACCAUAAGCUCUCUGCAGGAACAGAAGGAAGACCUGCGCAAACGUCUCUCCUACACCACUCAUAAGCUGGAGCUUUUAGAGCGUGAGUUUGACUCCACGAGGCAGUACCUGGAGACCGAGCUGCGCCGAGCCCAGGAGGAGCUCGACAAGUUCACCGACAAAUUACGCCGAAUACAGAGCAGUUACUCAGCACUGCAGAGGAUCAACCAGGACUUAGAGGAUAAAAUCCACCGAAAUUCACAGCACCACGAUGAUGAGAAACGGGCUCUUAGCAGAGAAAUCAUCGUCCUUAACAAUCAUCUCAUGGAAGCUAAGAUGACCAUUGAGAAACUGAGAGAAGACAAUGACUUGUACAGAAAGGACUGUAACCUUGCUGCACAGCUCUUGCAGUGUAAUAAGUCACAUUACAGAGCCCAGUUAUCUGAGUUGCCUGCAGAGUUUCAGGAGCGUGUAAGCUUGCACAUGGAGGGUUCUUCCCUCUGCCACUCCCCAUAUGCCGACACAGUGCCUGCCUCUGUCAUUGCUAAGGUCCUGGAGAAACCGGAUGAGGUCUGCAGCAGUCAAGCCUCUCGCUCACCCAGCCCACAACCCCAGGAACGCCAGGGAUUCCUUGUGGGCACAAGCCUUGUGGGUAGCACUGAGCGCCUUGGCCUCCGAGCUACUUACAAAUCAGACCUGUACAGCAGUGACACAGCACUUUAUUGCCCUGACGAACGGAGACGAGAGCGCAGACCCAGCAUGGACGUCCAUGGACAGCGGACAGUGUAUGAACCCCAAAACUCCACUGAUAGCAACCCAGAAGAAGGAUCCAUGUCCCUGCAGCCCGGCUUCUCACGGGACCACUUCCAAAAGUUUACAACCUCUCUGGGAGGAGGCUCUAGCUCUUACUCCAGCUUUAGUGGAGGAGGGUCAGAGGACAAGGGUCAGGAUCCCCCAAGCAGUGCUGCAUCUUCUCCACGCCACCAAGCCCUUUACAUGGACUGGAGGGAUGGGGGUGAAUAUGAGCACAAGAGUGACUCUUCCUGGGAGAGGGAGAGUCCAAGUGCCUUUUCCAAGGGCCACACUUUUCAACCGCCUGAGUCCAGCCACCAUCAGAAUGGUAGCUCACCCAUCUACAGUAGAACAAUGUCCUCCUGUUACAGUGAACCUUAUGAGCCCCUGCCACCUUCCACCUCACCCAGCAUCACCUAUGGUGACAGUCGGCGUGGAAGUGCUUUUGCUCCUGAGGAAGAAGAGCUGAUUGGUCGGUGGCGGCAACUAAGUGUGGAAGAUCUGAGUGCCCACUCAUACCGCAGUCCUGGGCGGGCCUCACCCUACAGCUUCUCUGAGCAGCACUUCUCUGUCCGCCCUGCAAAAAUUCGCCUUGGUCCUCUCUACAGUAGCUUCCAGGAGGGUAGUGAUGUAUACCACCAUCAUGCUGGGGUAGUAGAUCCUUUCUCUAGCCCCAGCCCUGAUUGCAGCCCAGGCCAACGGCAGCAGCAAAGCCAACCUCACCUGUACCACUCCAAGGAGGAUAGCCAAGAGUCUGAGCACAGCCUCUACAGCCCCAAGGAUGGUGGGGUGGCAGCCGGGGGCCAGACAACGGAGUAUGUUGACAUAAGUCCCAAUAGUUCAAAUGAGUCACUGGACCAUGGAUCUCUGGAGAUGGCUGCCGAGCUACAGCAUUACCAACCCGAGAGGCACAGCGUGUCCCCUCAGGGAACAACCCCACCACCUCCUCCACAACAGCCAUACCAAAAAUUUGGCACACUAGGGCUGUCACGUAAGGACAGUCUCACCAAGGCACAGCUCUAUGGUACUCUACUAAACUAAGAGCAGAGUUUCCUGGUUACUCUCUUUUACAGCUCUGUGAUACUCUACUAAACUAAGAGCAGGGUUUCCUGGUUACUCUCUUUUACAGCUCUGUGGUACUCCUCUAAACUAAAAGCAGAGUUUCCUGGUUACUCUCUUUUACAGCUCUGUGGUACUCCUCUAAACUAAAAGCAGAGUUUCCUGGUUACUCUCUUUUACAGCUCUGUGGUACUCUACUAAACUAAGAGCAGAGUUUCCUGGUUACGCUCUUUUACAGCUCUGUGAUAAUCUACUAAACUAAGAGCAGAGUUUCCUGGCUACGCUCUUUUACAGCUCUGUGGUACUCUACUAAACUAAGAGCAAAGUUUCCUGGUUACGCUCUUUUACAGCUCUGUGAUACUCUACUAAUCUAAGAGCAGAGUUUCCUGGUUACUCUCUUUUGUCAGUAGGUUUUGAAUGUUAAGCAACAGUUUGAGCCAAACACAUGAUGGGAUUUUCUGUUGAAUAUUUUUAGUCCAUCAGCUCUCUUAUCAUUUUUCUCUCUAUUUCUGUAUCUGUUAAAGUGUUUUCUAAACAUCGAACAUUACUUGCUCAUGUUUCUACAGUUGAUAUGAAGCUCUAACAUUCAGCACUAUUUGUAUAGCCUAUUUUGACAGUUUAUUAAUGGUUCUGUGUGGUUUGUGAGAAAGUAUUUUAAGUGCAUUAGGUGCAUUAUGAAUUUUUGGAAACUUGUCUGGAGAGAGAGAGAGAGAGAGAGAGAGAGAGAGAGAGAGAGAGAGAGAGAUUUACUUUAUUUUACCAAAAGCCUUCUGGGCUCAUAAAGGUUUGUGAAUGGACAGCACAUGCUAUGUAAAAAAAAAAAAAGAAGCUAAUUUUAACAAGAAAUUUGAUCUUUUAUUAUAUAAUUUAUGAAUAGCUGUAUUUAUUGUUAAGUAUGCUAUAUCUAUAAUUGUUUAAUAAAUGUAACACUAUGGAGAGAUUCAAAAAUUUAUAUCAUUGUAAAUUAUUUAUAUUGCUAUAAAUAAGGCAAUCAGCACAAUUAUACAAGCUGCAAACAAUUAAACAUGCCUCAAAUGAAGUUAAGUCAUGGUGACAAUUUGAGAUCUCACAAUGACCCACUGACAGAUCGUUCCACAGGUUUGUGGGCGAGACCUUGUGAAAAUAUUUUUGAGAAUAAACUCUGCAUGGAUUUAUAUUACCCCAAAUCAGCCCUUCAAGAUCAGGUCUCAACCAAAGUGAAACGUGUAAUCUAUUGCUAUUUCAAACAGAUUUGAUUCAACUCAAAUCUAUUACACCAUCAAACAAGUACAACUUGAAAGCACUGGGCAUUUUUUUAAACUUCUGAUGUGUUUUGUUGGGCGAUGGGAUUUCUGAGGUGAUUGUUCUUUUCAAUGUUUUCUCUCUUUUGUUCCUCAGUGCUGUAAGCCCCUCCCUCAGGCCCUCUCUACCUCACGAUUCAAUCCCUCUCUCCUUUCUUAAUCAGCUGGGAUCCUGUGUCAGUUGACACAAUGAUGCAUGACUCUGUUUCUUCUGUUUUGCUUUCUAUAUCUAAUAAAGCACAAAAGUUGCACCA